AAGCUAACUAGCGCUACGUUUGUAGCAACCGAAAGAAGGGUUUUCUAUUUUGGCUACUAGGCAACAUCGCAAAGGCCACAAACAUGUAUUUAUGUUCUUCAAUUGCCAAUGCUGGAAUUGCUCCUCCCUGCGUUGAGUUGUUGCUAUUCUUUUACUUUUAGAUAGAUACUAGUAGUCGAUAAUAUUAUUAUAGUUAAUGCUCCUUAUCAACUCGUCAUUCAAGUUGGACGCUGUCUCUGCUGCACUUAGGAGUAUCACCUCUGCUCAGCUGAAGGUAGCUAGGCCGGGCAAUCGGUCUACUCCGACGACGGUGCUGGCUACAGUCGUGGCAUUUAACGCAACGUUAACUAUAAUAGCCACUUGGUUUUCAGACAGCGUACGGUAGCUGGCUUCGACCACCGACAAAGAGUGACAUUGCUGUUUUAGCUGGCGCUAACGCUGCUUGCUAUUUAGCGUACAUCUUUUCAGAGGAAGACUUCGGAGGGAGAUAUGUAACUUGAUGCAGUACCAGGUGCCAUCCGGCGAUCCAGCUUACGUCCUAUCGAAGUGACCCGGGCCAAGCGGGUCGUGCGAGAGCGGGCUGAGGGAGCAGGCGCGCGGAGCAGCCAUGUUGGAGGAGGACAUGGAGGUGGCCAUCAAGGUGGUGGUGGUGGGGAACGGCGCCGUGGGCAAGUCCAGCAUGAUUCAGCGCUACUGCAAAGGCAUCUUCACCCGCGACUACAAGAAGACCAUCGGCGUGGACUUCCUGGAGAGACAAAUACUGGUGAACGAUGAGGAGGUGAGGUUGAUGCUGUGGGACACUGCGGGACAGGAGGAGUUUGAUGCCAUCACCAAGGCCUACUACCGCGGAGCCCAGGCGUGUGUGCUGGUGUUCUCCACCACAGACAGGGACUCGUUCCAGGCCAUCGGCAGCUGGAGGGAGAAGGUGGAGAUGGAGGUGGGGGUCAUCCCCACGGUCCUGGUGCAGAACAAGAUCGACCUGCUGGACGAGACCGUCAUCAAGAACGAGGAGGCCGAGGCUCUGGCCAAGCGGCUGAAGCUGCGCUUCUACCGGGCGUCUGUGAAGGAGGACCUCAAUGUUACUGAGGUUUUCAAAUACCUAGCAGAUAAAUAUCUUCAGAGACUAAAGCGACAAACGGCAGAGGAACCUGAAGUGGUUCACACGACCAGCAAUAAAAUAGGCGUCUUCAACACCACGAGUGGUCCCCUCUCCAGCCAGAGCUCCAGUAACGGGCGCGAGAUCAUAAGCCUGAGGCCCAACAAGCAGAGGACCAAGAGAAACAAGAACCCGUUUGGCAGCUGCAGCCUGCUGUAGCUCCACCUGCUGCUGGAGGUGAGGCUGCUGUAGCUCCACCUGCUGCUGGAGGUGAGGCUGAAGCCUGGUGUAGCUCCACCUGCUGCUGGAGGUGAGGCUGCAGCCUGCUGUAGCUCCACCUGCUGCUGGAGGUGAGGCUGCUGUAGCUCCACCUGCUGUUGGAGGUGAGGCUGCAGCCUGCUGUAGCUCCACCUGCUGCUGGAGGUGAGGCUGCUGUAGCUCUACCUGCUGCUGGAGGUGAGGCUGCUGUAGCUCCACCUGCUGCUGGAGGUGAGGCUGCUGUAGCUCCACCUGCUGCUGGAGGUGAGGCUGCAGCCUGCUGUAGCUCCACCUGCUGCUGGAGGUGAGGCUGCAGCCUGCUGUCGCCGCCCCGCGCCUCCAAGACUGCCCACGGUGACAGAGUUCCUCUCCUCUCUCCCCCGGUGGGUGGAUGAAUGGAUGGUUAUUCUGUUGAUGGGUCCAGCUUCCCAGGAGGCAGAGGCUGCACUAGAGAGAUGUCACCCCGCGUAACCUGCUCUGACCAGCAGCCGCGUCACACGGCUGAUGGUCGCGGCUGCCUUGAACCUGCACCAGAUCCUGCCCUUUCAACUCCCCCGCCCCCCCCUAGUGGCUGCACCGCAGUAUGACAACCCUACAGCAGCAACCGGAUGGGCCAAGUCCAUGGGAAUGGAGUUCGGCUUUGCCAUGAUUUCCGUUCCCCCCUCACAAACGCUGCAGGGUCAAAGUUACACUCUAAAUCAUUAACUCAACACUUAUGUGUAUGCAUGCAUGGUCAUAUGUGAUUUCUACAGGUUAUCCAUGUGAGUUAACUGUUCAUCUGUGCAAUACUUUUGUUUUGUAACAUUUCUUUGAACCAUAUUUUUCUAACGACUAGGCUAAUAGAAUAUGGUUCAACAUAGACUGUGGAUCAUGGAUAUGAAAAUGAGAUGGGUAAAGUGGUGUUUUCUUUUAAAGGUAUUUUUAUAUGACUCUAAGCAGUGUUUUAACAUUAGUUAUUUUUGUGCCAAAUUGUUAUUAAAUGUCACUUUAUUGUUGUAAGAAAUGACAAUAUUUUUAAGAGACCGCAGUGAUUGGUUUGUAAUAUGGCAACUUCUUAAUAGAAUGUGAUCUUAUAUGACCAAAUAUUACCGGAUAUUCGCACAAAACCCUCUCGACAAGAGGUCUUAUAAAACGUUGAGUGUUUGUGGAGCGCGUGUCAGCAGUGAAAGUUCAAUUUCGUGAAAUACUCGUCUCUGAAUCUCUCUUUGAAACUAGCACAUAUUGUAAAUGCAGAGGUGCGUAUCGUUAAAUGUCAUAGUAGCGGACCCAAUUUUCUUUUUUUUGUCGAUUGAUAACAUUGAAAAGAAACAAAAAUAUUGUUUACAUUUUCGUCCUUGCUGCAUUAGGUCAUACCUUUCAUUUGCUACAGCCUUCAUUGUGGUACGGUGGUCUUUGUAGAGGGAGGGUAUCCCUCGUGCUAAUCUUGGAUAAUAUGUUUUAAUUACGACUUGUGAACACUACAUAUUAUAAAUGUACUAAAAGUAUCUAUUUUAUGUUAAAGGAAAUAUUUUACAUUUCAGAUAUUUGUCUCUCGCAUGAAAGACUCUUUCAUUGUGUCGAGCACACGUCAGAGGUGUCCACGCGCUUCCUCACCGUAGUCUCUGAUCCUACAUGACUGGGUGGGGUAGCUCGUGCCUCGGAGACACAGCUGUUAACAAUCCAGUCAUGAGAUCAGCGGUAUCUCAACGUGAAGGAGGAAAGAGGGGUUUAGAUUCCUGCGGCCCUCGGCCCAGUGCUGGAAUGUGUCAUCGUGGUGCCUGGUCUUAUCGUCUGUCUCACCGCCGUGGUGCCUUGUCUGUCCAGGGCCUCCAGUGUCUGUUCAGAGCUUUGAGGAGAUCUUCAGGCGGAAAAAAAACACAAUGUAUAAUCUGUAAUAGUGGGGAAAGCACUUCAAACUCCACGUGAAAUGUCAGUGGUGUUCUGCCUCCAAUUUUGCAACGUUUGUAUGAAGUAAUUGUGUACGUUCUGGGGAAAUCACCACGUAGAGGGUGAAGUUUCGGACAUGUUGUUGUAGUUUUUUUGCUACUCUAGGUGUUACGGUGUGUUUUGUUGCCUGGGUUUGCUCUUAGCUCUGUACGGAUAAACAGGAGCCCUUCUCUCGUCUCCAUGACAUAUGACACCCCAAGUUGGUUGGUGUUACAACUGUGUAUUUAUCGCCACAGUGUAAUUAGACAACACGGGCCUUAAUCAAUAACCCAAGGGUCCCUGUAUUAAAGGAUCAUCAUUCUACUGUAUACUGGUGCCUGUGUUUGUGUUUGGAUAUCAGUGGUGUAUAGAUAGGUACAUGCAUGCCUAAUGGUAGUUCGUUUUUUUUCUGUGAGUGAAUGAAUGUAGAACCACGAUGCCUUGUCCUGUGUGCUCAGCAGCGCUCGUCUCUGCUCGCCCCGGGCUCCUUGUUGAAAACACUACCGCAAACAGAACGUCAGCCCUUGGUGGUUUAUGUCGUAAAAUAUUAAGUUACUUUGUUCCGCCAAAACGGAUUCAAGGCACUUUAACAAUCAGACAACACAUCGCACGGUGUCUCCUGAAGAAUUUUUUUUUUUUUUUUUACAAUUCAGUGCAGUCUCUUGGGUGUUGAAUGCUUUGCUGUAAAACCCAUUCUGUAACAAUGUUACACGUGCUAGCUACAUGUUGAUUUCGACACAGCGUAGUCUUGCCCUCUUGUUUGCUUGUUGUUUUCAAUCCAUCCUAAAUGUACUUUCCAACCAGCUGGGGGCGUCACAGAGAUCAUAAUACGUGGGGCGUUAUUGGAAACAGUGUUUAAUUGGUGAUUUAUAACAAAAUUAAAAACCUCUUCUUUGAUUGUU